AUGAUCCUGGGAUUGGUGCUCCCGGACAAGAACGGAUACCUGAAAAUAUGGGCACGUUGCGGUGGGCUAUUCUCGUUCGACGAUGAUGAACUACUCGAGCUGGCCCAGGAAUAUGUCGGAAAAUGGACAAACUUCGAGUCGAGAAACGGCGUCGUGACGAGCUUCACGAUCGCCGGAAAGACGCCCGGCGGCUUUCCAGUCAGCAUGAGAAAAGGAGGAAUUUCGAUGCUCUCCGUCUUGAUGAUCCCCUCAGCCGAACAAAUGGCUUCCAUCGGUUGGACGAGCGCGUCGGUCUUCUCAACGGUCGUCGGCCGGGUUUCGUUGAGUCAGGAGAUGCUCGACGACUUCUGGGACAGCCCCUAUUUUGACCCGGGCAUCCCGUUUGAAGGCUGGGUGACGUGGCAUGCCGCCACUGAAAAUUUUCACCUCAACCCGCAAGAAGUCGGGUACGCGCAGAAACCGGCUCGGCUCGAGGAGCUCGUUUUACAUUGCCCAUGGAGCCGGAAGGGCCGUCUGAUGGACGACUGGGUCGACGGGUUCCCCUCCGGCCGCACCACCCACACGAUGUUCAUCGCCACCAAACACGGCGACUUCGUGCUCACGCCGACUUCGAUAAACCUCGGCAAUAAAACGCCGGAUUUGGGCAAUUACUUGAGAUGUCGCAUAAAGUUUUUCGACGGUGAGAGCCAGGCGAACAAGGGUGCGGUGGCUGAAUAUGAAGUUCUUCCACUGCCCGCGUCGAUCGAGCCGAUUUUAAGGGACAACUAUUGCUGCUACCGUGUUCCGGCUCGCGUCACGGAAAUCGGCAAGGGCUACACCGUUUUCGAGGAGCCGCACUUUGGAAUUUGCGUUGAUCAGCAGCGAAUACAAUACAAAUUUGCCAUCGGCCAAAGGCAUGUUUUGAGAAUACGAAGGCCGAAGGAUUUGGACACGUACGAGAAUGGGUGGAUGGUUGAAGCCAUCGAAACACGCCUUCCAGAUGGCGAGCCGCAGGCAUCCUCGUCUCGACCUCUUUCGGCUCAAAACCAGCGUCAGCUAAGGCCAGAACCGAAUAGAACCCCGACCCCGGAACCGGAGAAAACGGAGCGAAUGUGCGGGUUCGUGCUCAACUUCAGCCACGACCUCAUGUUUUUCGGCCUCGAGGAUGGGCAUGAGAGUGUUGUGCACGCGAAAUUCCUGGAAAAGUGGGGCAUCGACGUGGAGGUGGGCGAUUUUGUCGAGUGCGAAGUCGGUCCGCCAAAAAUCGUGCGCGGUAAUCUUCAGCGUCAAAUGUACGCUUGUCGACGGCGGGAUUUCGAUGCCGGAUUUGGGAGGAUGCCGUUGAAGCGCUCGGGAGUUGCUCAGUUCCGCGUGCCCGCCUACUUUCUGCAAGUGGAUGACGACUUGAACGUCUUUUCGAAUCGAUACAUGCCCAAAAUCUACGACCCCAACCGGCUCUCGCUUCGGAAUCGGGGCUUCAACCAAGAGUACCUCUUAAAUACUCGGUUCACAUUCGCCGUGGUUUGUGCCCGGAUACCCGGACGCGAAGAAAAUGGCUGGAUUGCCAUCGAAAGUCUGGACCGGGAGCCGAUUGAGAGGAGCCAGGCACCACCACCCCCACAUGAUCUUCCGAAUGCCCGUAGUAAUGGCCGGCCGAUCGAGCGCGAUUUUCACCGACUUGAAAGACCAUUGUCCGGUGACUCUCGCGAUCCUCGCGAUUUCCGAGUUGAACGACCAUAUAAACAGCCCGAAUACGAGAUAGGCGGAGGAGCGCAGGUUUCGCGCCGCCCGGAAAACCUCAGCCUUGGAAAUGGGAGCGUUUAUCCACGAGAUGCCUCUGCUGUUGAUGCUGCCCCAGAACUCGUCGACACGCCACCACCGCUGGAUGAACCCGCCUCGUUCGAUUUUCCGAUCCCGGCCGGUUUGCCACGUCCGGAGCCCAGGCCCAGUGCGAUGGUAGCUCCCUCACUUUCCGGCGCCCUCCCCGUGCCAGGACCCUCAACACGCCCUCUGCCCAGAGAUGGCUCGAUGAAUAGCUUCGAUGAAUACCGGCCAAGCCCGCCGGAAUCCCGAAAUCGAUCGAGAGUUGAUGAUUUACCUGCCUGGGAUAAGUACCGUUCAACUUCUCGAAAAGCACCGCCGGAGAGCAGUUCACUACAAGCUGACUCUCUAAGCCGACACAGCCAAUUUACAACCAGCCACAACGACAGUCGAGAAUAUGCCGGGCCCGAGAUUCCGGUGCCAGGUCUCUGCAUCAAGUCCUGGGGCACCUACCGUAUCAUUUGGCUGAAGGACGGCCGCCUGGCGCUGCACGACACGAAAAAGAAGGCGCUGGAGCUGGGCGUGUUUAUCGACGGCUUUAUCGAAAAACUCGAGAAGCCCCUGUGCGGCAAGAAGAUGACGUACGAGUGGCAGGUCAACGGAUUUUUGCCCACCGAAAAGGCCUAUGAUAUCGCACCCCAAGUCGAAGGUCAGGCGGCCAUGUUCCUCAUUCGAAAAGCCCUAGUCGCUGCCUAUCGGCCGUAUGAAAGGACUCGCGUCGUCGUUCUUGAAGACGCCGACGGCUUCUUCGGCGAGUUCUGGGAUAAAAAUGACGUUUUGGAGGACGAAGACCUGGCCCCGCAGGACGAAAUCGCGGUCGUGAUCAAGGCGGCCCCGAACUCGGAGACGACGAUUGAGUGGAUUGUGCAUAGUAAAGUCGCGGAAAAGGAGCAGGAAUUGGAGGUGCCGCGGGAUGAUCGUUCCGGAUCAACGUUUGACAACUUGUCGUUGCUGUCGAGUCCCACUUCUGAGUUGAACCGCGGCGACACCCCGAACAGCAACGAUCCGCGCGACGAGGCGGAGCAGUAUGCAUCCUAUCGUGAAGUCGUUCAAGCCCUGCUGAAAAACAAGGACACGAAAAACGCGAUCGCACGCCGCCAACCCGCCGCCCUCCAGAAGGCCGCCAGACUCCUCGACGUCAAGAAGUUC